AUGAUUCAUGCGGACUCUCUGACGCACCCCGACGCGGCGGGGGACGUCGCACUGACAUCUCCACGUGCGGAAGCCAAACGCUCUCUCCGCGUGUCUUUUGCCGCACAAAAUCUGAAUAACAGCAGAAAAAUGAGGGCCAACCGCACGGCAUCGCAGCAGUAUGAGUUGUCCUUCAUUUCAUCUGAUCUACACCACGGUGAGCCUCUCCAGCGACUCGCCAUGCCCCGUUCCCCCCUUUAUCCGGCAAGCAUCAUUCCUUUGGCCGACCGCAAGAGAGAGACGCCAGGAAGCGAGGACAGUUCAUCUGAUACUGAAAAGGAUCCCAUCACUGCUGAUAUCCCAGACAACCACAGAAACACCAGCACAACGGAUGACAACUUCCGGAAGAAAACGACACAAGACGCCGCCAGUGGGGCCCUUCUCAUCUAUCCCAAGAAGAUCGACAACCUGCGGCGCUUCCGCAUCCUCUUCGCCGGUGUGAUUCUCUCGAUCAGCAGCUCCACGCAGGGGGUUCACUCCGUCUUUGGCGUACUGCACCUUCAGCAGGCGUACCAGUUCAACGCACGAUCCAUGACCAUUGUCUACCUCAGCGGCGUCUCCGUCGGCCUGUUCACCCUGCCGUUCGGCGCGCUGUACGACUGGUUCGGGCCGCGCGUGGUGGUGGCGCUCGGCAGCGUCAUUGCGGCGCUCGGCCACCUGCUCUUCGCCCUCACCUUUGGCGGUCACAUCCCGCCCACGGUGUUGAACUGCGCCGUGUUCUACGCCAUGAUGUGCUGGGGCUGCUACGCGCUGAACGUGGCCGUGCUGCCCGCGGUGCUGACGCACAUGCCGCGCGACCGCGGCCAGCCGACGGGGCUGCUGCAGACGUUCACGGGGCUUGGUGCGUCUGUCUUUGCGUGCCUGUUCCGCGGCUUCUUCAAGGACAACUUCGCGCACCUCAUGUGGUUCAUGUUCGCGGUGACACUUGCCGCCGGUGCUGGUGGUGUGUGGUACUUGGAGGACGCGCCCUAUGUAAUAAAUCGGUGGCAGCAGCGCCGCAUCACGCCGUGCGAGCAGCUGCGCGCUCAUCUGAUCCGAAAUCGCUACAUGUCGCAGCUUGUGCCGAAGCGGCGCUACAUCAUCAUGGCGAUCAUCCUCGUGCUGCUCAACCUCUACCUGACCAUCCAGACCGUGUGCGUGGCAUACCUCGCCGCCGACAUCACGCCAGGCAAGUUGCGCGGCAUCGCAAUCGGUGCGGUAAUGAUUGUACUGCUGGUCCUUGUGCUUGUGUUGCCGCUGGACAGCAUUGAUGGGCUGUCGGAGCAAGACAAACAGGUGAUUGCGGAGGCGAAGGCGAAGGAGGAGGAGCUGCUCAUGAUGCAAGAGGAGCGCUAUCGGGGGCGUCACCUUCAAGCACACGAAGCUCAGUGCGAUAGUAAUGCGACGCCAACAAAAGGGUCUGAACAACCGUCUCACUGCCCUGACGAGGUGGGACAGGAGGGCCUUUCAUCGGAUCGAGAGCCGUUCGUGGGUGGGGAUCUUCCUGAUAGUCCAGAGCGUUCUAUAGCUGCACCUGCACACGGUGUCCAGAGACCUGCACAACCAUCGCUGCGCUUAGACGGUGAGUGUGACGCGGAUGCAAAUGUGGAGAAGAGCGCUCUGAUCGAGGUUAUGGUGCCUGCGGAACCCGUUAGCGCGCACUCACCUAAAGCACCUCAUCAGCGAAGUGAGCCCUUGCGGGAAUCUCUCGGGCUUCCUCUGCACAAGCUCACAGGGACGGAGCGGCCGCUCGUCACGGUGUACAUGCCCGACAGAACGAACGACUUGGGUGAAGAACCGCCACACUCGCACUGCAGCAGCCCCCUGUUCGAGGCACAACAGCAGCCUUUGAGGCGCUCUACUGGCGCUACACACGACGGCGGCCACCACCACUCUGAGCCGCCGCAGAGCCACCCGGAGGACUCUUUCUUCACUGUACAUCUCGGAGGUGACUACAACAGUCUGCACGCCUCACUUAGCUGCACUCCUAGCGCUGACUCCGACCCUGAGCACGUUGAACUGCGAUGCACGGCUCCGUCCACGUACAGUAACCCGCGUGUGGAGACGAUCAUGCUCUGCGGCGAAGUCUACGUCGUGCCGGUGUACCAGACCACCUUCCUGGAAAGCCUCACCUAUCUUGAUCUCUGGCUCAUGUUCUACACCACGCUCUGCGUCUGGGGCAUAGGCCUCGUCAUGACCGGCAACUGGAACAUUCAGAUCAUGGUGAAGGCACGCUACGACGCCAUGGAGCCGAAGCACUACAUUCUCUUCGCUGCCAUGUCUGGCGUAUCCGUCGCUGGCGGCCGCGUAUUCCUCGGCGUCUACGAGCGCGCGCUACAGGUGCUGCGCGCGCGCGCUGGCACCGUGGUUGUCCCCACGCUCAUCUACCCCGUCGCCUCCGUCGGUCUGUUCCUUGGCGUGCUCUUCUGGAUUGCGCUUCCCGAUGGGAAGGCGCUCAUUCUCCCUUACAUCCUCAGUGGGUUUUUCUACGGCGUGAGCACGAGCGCUACCUUCUACGUGCUAGGCACCAUCUUCGACCGCGACAUGGGUAUGCACUACGGCUUCUGCUAUCUUGGCGGCGCUCUCGGGUUCGUGCUGUGCUACUGGUGUGCGUGGUACCUCACGUACGAACGCGAGGCAUCGCCAUCAACGUUGGGCUACUGCGUUGGUGCGCGUCGCUGCAUGAACCGCGCCGUUGGCAUCUACCUCGCCCUCGCCUUCUCCUCCAUCGCCUCUUCCUACCUUGUGCAUCGUCGCUAUUCGAAGCUGGUGCGCGGGAAGCUGGCGCAGCGUCGCGUCAUUGUUCCGCGUAUCAAGCGCGCAUUAGUGGCGUCCGGGUUCUGUGAAAGCAGCGAUGGAGUGAAGAAGAGUCGGAGUAACGGUAUGGAUGGAGCCUUCAGGGCGAAUGAGUAG